UCGCGUUGCUUCGACUCACAUGCGCGAAGAACACGAAUAGCAAGCUGGGAAGCUGUGCCCAUAUGCCAAAUUGCUUUGGCAUUACGAGUCAAAAUGGCUGACGAUGACGAUCUUUAUCCGUUAGAGCACCAAGGUUCCGCAGAUUCCCUAAUAACCCGCCAUUCGCAUCGUCUAAGCUCCGAGAGCGGAUGCCUUCCACCAUUAGACGCGCUAAACGCCAACCUUCCUCAUGCAAUGUCUGGGUUCAUGUUGGUAAUUCAGAGUGUUGAUUCAUCGUUUAACUCCCACGACCAGUCCGGCCAGGAAUCGCGGAAGGGAAUAAAGACAAGUCAAAUGUACGAACCAGCGCUUCCGUCCCCGCGUCGCAUUGCACCUUCUAAGAGCCCGCGCGGGUCCGCGUCGUUCAACUUCCCCAGCUCCCCCGAUCAGGCCAACCAGGAAUCACGGAAUGCAAUAGAGACUGAAAUUUACGAACCAGCGCUUCCGUCGCCGCGUCGCGUUGCACCGACUAAGAGUCCGCGCGGGUCCGCGUCGUUCAACGUCCUCAGCUCUCCCGAGUUGCAGGUUCCUAAAUCGCCACGUCGGACGGUCUCUCCGCAGAUGACCUUUCCUGACGACGUUCUAAAAUCGCCCCGUCAGACGGUCGUUUUUUCGCAAGUUACUUUCGCUGAUACGAAAGAUAGCCGUCACGAUAACCGUCACGAUAAUCGUCAUGACGAGGACAGCGAUGCCGUGCUCGCCAACGUGGCUUCGACGAGCGACUCGCUGGAAUCGGGGGGAGCUCGGAAGGCGAUUAAAGUCCGGCCCACAGGGAAAUCUCGCAGCGCGCAUGAGGGAUCUGUGAUAGUACCGCGGGAAAGAAGAGCUAUUCCCGCGUCCGCAUCAGGCGGCGCCGAUAGUGCAGGUCAAUCGAACGUUUCCUGCCUUCACGCAAGUCACAGCCGGCAGGAUAGCUUCAACCGUCAGGCGAGCUUGGAACGGCAGGAGAGCUUUAACCGGCAGGAGAGCUAUCACCGACAGGAGAGCAUUUCUAGCCGUCAGGCGAGCGUCAACCAGCGUCAGGUGCUGCCCGGCCGUCAGGAUAAGUUUCUCCGUUUAGAAAGCUUCAGCCGUGUGGAAACGCAUAACCGGCAAAAACCGUUCGACCGGCAGGAGAGCUUCAGCCGUCAGAUUAGUUACCGGCGACAGGCGAGCUUUCAGCGACCUCCGCCGAAGCAACCGCAGCAGCAGCAGCAGCAGCAGCAGCAGCAGCAGCAGCAGCAGCAGCAGCAGCACCGGAAGCGAGCGUCCUUUCCGGAAAUACAUCUUGAUUUGCCCAGUAGCACGGUCCCUCGCGGGAAGUACGGAGAAACGAACCAUGGCAUUGGCAGCAGCAGCAGCAGCAGCAGCAGCAGCAGCAGCAGCAGCAGCAGCAGCAGCAGCAGCAGCAGCAGCGGCGGCGGCAGCAGCAGCAGCAGCAGCAGCAGCAGCAGCAGCAGCAGCAGCAGCGGCAGCGGCAGCGGCAACAGCAGCAGCAGCAGCAGCAGCAGCGGCGGCGGCAGCAGCAACGAGAUUGGUCGCCACGGCAGUACCGUAAGCUGCGGUAGCUCCGUUACCAGCAUCCCCGUUAUUAAUCUAUCUGAUACCCCGGCGUUUGGAAAGAGUUUACUGCCUAGCGCGGUCGAUGCAGCGCGAGCACAAGCGCGCCUGGCGGCGGAAAGGUUCCGCCCAGCGCCAGCGAGCCACCGCCGCGCGCAGUCCGACGCGGACGCCACCUUGACCGCCGCGGACUGGGCGCACGAGCGCUUGCGUUCCCCAGGCGUGCGGACGACCGGCGGGGCGGAAGGCGCUUCCGCAAGUUGCGCAUUUUCCGGCACAGUCGCGUUGGCGGAGAUUCUCCCCGCGCGCAGCCCGCGGGGGUGCAAGGUCCGGAGCGCUUUUACAGGUCCGGCGAGGGGAGAAGGGGGGGAGAGAGCGCAUCCCCCGCUAAGGCCUCCCGCGCUUAGCCCUUCUCCGCGAGGGCGACGCGCGGCGAGCGCUGAUGCGACAGAUGCGACGGGCUCCUUGUCGUUUGGGAGCCCUGCGACAGGUGCGCAAGGAAGAAGCGGGGACGCUAACGGGCAGGCAGAUGAGGAAAGGGGGGAAGAGCAUGGGGAGAGCGAGGAAAACGAGGGUGACACGGGAGAGGAGGGGAAAGCGCAGAUGAGAACACAAGGGACGGAACGCGAGAGGCAAUUAGCAGGGGAACGGAAGGGAGAGGAGAAAGGGCGCUUAGAAAAGCAGCAGCAGCAGCAGCAGAGUCCGCAGCAGCAGGAGAAGCGGCAGCAGCGGCAAAAGAAGCUGGUUCGUGGAAGCUUCGUGGACCGAAGAACUGGAGAGGCGGCUGACCUUAGUCUUAGUCUUGGCGGGAAGGAGGAGCUUCUGCGCGGCUCGAAGGGCGCCAGCCAAUGGCGUUCCACCAUCGAGCGCUCGCCUGGCGCUUUGCUGUCUCCGCGCUUUUUCGCGGCCGCUUUGCCUCCGAAGUUUGAAGAGGAGAAGAGUGAGGAGAGGAGGGAGCGGAGGAUUCGGGGGGGGGCGAAGGCGGAAAAGAAGAGCAAGGAGAAGGGAGGCAGGCAAGUCAGGGAAGAGAGGCGGAGUGGGGCAGAUGGGAGAGGUGAAGGGAGAGAGGGAGAGGAGGAGGGAGGGACGGAGGGAGGGCGGGAGGGAGGGGGGGAGGAAAGGAGGGAGCAAGGAGCAGAGGAGGGGAGGGAAGAAGGGGCAGAGGGAAGGAGCGACGAGGAAGCGGAGGAAAGGAGUGAAGACGGAAAAGAGGAGGCGGGGGAUGAUGAGGAUCACGCUCCUUCCGUUCACAGAAGGAUCACGCUCUCGUCCUCUUGGCUGCCACCAGCUGGGGAAACUGGAGCAACAGCAGGCGCAGCAGCAGCAGGUGGAGGGGCAAUAGCACCAGCAGCAACGGCAGCACCAGCAGCAACUGCAGCUGCAGCAGCAGCAGCAGCGGCCAGCGAGGCGUUUCAGGACUCCAUGCUCCUCUCGUGGCUGAGUCCUCGAGUCAACCCAACCACGCAGCAGCAGCAGCAGCAGCAGCAGCAACCCCUCCCAAUCCUCUCCAUCCUUGCUCCUGGCUCCCUCCAUUCGGGCCCACCCAUUCCCCUGUCCCCCCGCCGGGCCGCUCCCGCUCCCCAUGUCCCGUUUUCCCCCUCCCCAUUGCCCCCCGCCAUCGCGCCCCCCCCGCUGCUGCAACACUCACACCAUCCCCCACAUCCCCUUGCGCCUGGAUUCCCUUCAUCUAAAGCUUUCCCCCUAGCGUUCCCACAGCCGCAGAUCAACCUCCCCCAAGCCAGCCCUAAUUCUCUUCAGAACAACCUUCCACAGGUCAACCCGUGUGAGAGCAACGCUUUAGACGCCAGAGGUUCCCAGUCCUUCCGCCUGCCUCCGCCCCUCCACAUAGCAGAUGCCUCCCUGCCCAUGCCCAUGCCCAUGCCCAUGCCGAUACCCACGGCGCUCUCACUUCCUCUCUCCCCUUCCUCCCAUCACGGUUCGAACCCCGGAUCUCCUCAUCCCGGGUCUCCCCACCCGGGGUCUCCAAACCCUAUGCUGCCAAGCCAUGACUUGCCCCACCCAUCGUCCCCUCACGCACCCGCCCCACAUCCCCACUCGCCUACAGCUGCCUCCCCACAUUCCGCUCCCCCACGCUUCCACCUGGUAGCUGGACCUCCUUCUCCCUCUCUCCUCACCCAACCUCCUCCCUUCCACCCUCCACUCUCCCCCUCUUCCUCCCGCGCGCCCCCCUUCCCCUUCUCCUUCCCCCUCUCCCCCUCUUCCCCCUCUCAAGUGCUCCGGAAGGGGGACCUGUAUGGGCUGGUGGCUCCACGCGCCGAGGACUUGCACGAAUCCUGGCCUGGUGCUGGGGGGAGCAAGGAGGAAGGAAGGAGUGCGGGGAACUCUGGGACAGAACGACGAACCGAGGGGACGAAAGGGGAUGAGGGGGGGGAUGAGGGGGAGGAGGAUGAUGGAGAGGAGGAUGGAGAUGAGGAUUUACCUGUGUGCCAGCCGUUGGAGAAUGACAAGCCGAGAAGAGAGAUGGCAGACGACCAGCAGCAGCAGCAACAGGUGAAUGCGCAGCACUCACAAAUUCAGCAAGCGCAGCAGCAGCAGCAGCAGCAGCAGCAACAGCAGCCGCCGCCGCAACAGCGGCCACAGACGAACACCCAACAGAUUCAGCACCCGCAGAUCCAGCAGGUGCAUCAGCAGCUGCUUCAGCUACAGCAGCAGCUGCAGCAGCUGGAGCAGCAGCAUGGGUUGCAGUUGACGCAUCAGCAGCAGCAGCAGCAGCACGCUGCUCAGUAUGCCGUUCCUUCUGAAGCGGGAUCCUUCAACUUCAGUGUGAAUGCCGCCAUUGGUGCUUCUACUGCUUCUUCUGGCGGUGCCAUCCAUCCCUCAAUGAAAGUCCCCCUCCACCCUCCCUUCAACUUUUUCCACCCUCCACUGCACAUCCCCCACCCUCCAUCGCACACCCAUCCCCUGCUCAGUCCCACGAGCAGCAGUCAACCCUCCUUGUUUCUCCCUCAUCCACCCGCCCACUACUCUGCCCAUGCCUCCUCCUCUUCCUCCUCCUCCUCUUCCUCCUCCUCUCCUUCCUCUUCCUUCCCCUCUCAUUCCCCUUCAUCCGCCUCUCCUCACCCUCCUCUUUCCUUCCAGCCUGCCAUCUCCAUUGUACCUCCAUCGCUGAGCACCGAAUUCAACUCCUCUCCAUCUUCCGCCUCUUCCACCACCCCAACCGAUGCUGCAGCCCUUGCCAGCCUAUUUCCCCCUGCUGCCUCUCUGACUGGGGAAGCCCCCAUAGGCGCGGAUAAAACACCAGCAGCAGCACCAGCAGAACAAACUGUCAGCAGCAGCACCAGCAGCAGCAAGAUCAUCAGAGUUAGGGUUUCUCGCUCCGAUUCCAAAAGCCCAAGGCUUACCAGUAGGAGUGGCGGCAGCAGUACCACCGCUACCACCACCACCACCACCACCACAAGCAGCAGCAGCAGCAGCAGCAGCAGCAGCAGCAGCAGCAGCAUAGUUCAGAGAAUGGCGAGUGGGGCCAAGGCACCUGGCACACCUGACAGGACUCCUGGCACACCUGGCAGGACUCCUGGCACGCCCAAGAAGGAUCUCUCCUCACUGCUGCUCUCCCGCUUGUGGGUGUCGGCAGACGCCAUCCCUGUAGAGCAGCCGCCCAGCACUGAAGUGCUCCCUCUGCCUUCUCGCUUUGGCGCUCCUCCGUCUCCUCGCUUUGGCACUCCCCCUUCUCCUCCCCUCAAUGUCCCCCUUUUUCCUUGCGCCCCUUCUCCCCUCCAGGGAACCCUCUACUCCCCGCAUCCUCCCCCCUCUCUCCCUCAGGGUGCUCUCCUUUCUCCUCUCUCCCCGUCUCCCCUCCCUGGCGCCCUCUAUUCCGCUGAUCCCCCGCCUUCUCCCUCCCCUGGCGCUGGCUCCCUUGCUGCUCGAGCCACGCCACGUGGCAGCAGGAGAUUGGCCUUGGAUGUAACCGUUGGUCAGAGCCAAGAGAAUGAGCUGCCUGGCACGCCUAGGAGGGGAGCAGGUACACCCAGGGCAGGUGCAUCUAGGGGAGGUGCAUUCACAGAAGGCACACCCAGGGAAGGAACACCCAGAGCAGGCACGACUAGGUCAGGUACGCCCAUUUCAGGCGUAACCACUCCUAGAAGCAGUGCAACUGCUGGUGCUGGUGCUGGUGCUAUUGGUGGCAGUUUGAGUGGUGAUGUCGAUAGGAGUUCUGGUGCUUUUUCUGUUGCUGCUUCUGCUGCUGUUAGUAGUGGCAGUAGUGGAUGUUCCAAGAGUGGGGCUUUGACUCCUAGAGGCCGGAGCCAAGGGUCUAGAUCCUUUAAAGCGACUGACUCGUUUAAAGUAAAAGACGUGGAGGCUGGGAAGCUAAAGGAGGUACGACGAGGGGAAGAAAUGGAGAGGAAAAGGGAGGGGGGGUUGGAGACGGGGAAGGAAAGGGAGAGGGAGGAAGAGAAGAAGGAGAAGGGGAGGGGAACAGGAAUGGAGGGUGAGAGUGGAAGUUUGCAGCAGGGAAGACUGAGAGCCACAGAAUCAGCAGUUGAAAGGACAGCAGAAGCAGCUGAAGCCAGUGCUGGGGCAGGGUCAGCAGCAGCACUAGAAGAAGCAGCAGGAGCAGCAGCAGCAGCAGCGAGCACAAGUGGGCGAGCAAGAGAGACCAGCGGCAGCAGCCGCGGCCGCGAGCAGCCGCUCUGGUCGCGGCGGAAGGACCGCCUUCGAUCCACCAACAGAAGCAUGGACGCCAUUGUGCUCUCUCCCUUUUCCUUCUCUCCUGCAGCUGCAUCUCCACUGGUCCCUGUGUCCCCUGCUGCUACCUCCGGCUCUGCUUCCUCUGCUGCUGCUCUUUCCCCUGCUGCUGAAGCAGCAGCAGCAGCAGCAGCAGCAACAGCACCCGUUGCUUUAACAAGCGCUGAGGUACCUGAGACCGCACUCUCUGCCCCAGAUCAAGGUAACUCAGCAGCCAGACACAGUCACAGUUACAGUCACAGUUACAGUCACAGUUACAGUCACAGCAGUAACAGCAGCAGUGGAAGAAAGCUCGCAUCUUCUGUCUCCUCUCGCAGCCUCAAGCAAGCAGGCAGCUCUAGAGCGAGGGAGGACGGCAGGAGUGGCCGGAGCUUCUUAGAGGGCUCCAGACGGGAUAGAAGCAGUGGUGCUGAUGCAGCUGCUGCUGCUGCUACUGCUGCUGCUGCUGCUGCUGCUACUGCUGCUGCUGCUGCUGCUGCUGUUUCUGGUGAUGCUAUUGCUGCUGCAACGGCUGAAGCAGCAGCGGGUGCAAGGAACCACCGGCGAGCCAAGUCAGCUGUGAGUUUUGGAGUGGUUGACUAUAUUGAAGCGGCUGACGAGGGCGUGAGUGUGGGCGACAGCGAAUCAGAUGCGCACAGUGGCAGGGCUGGGAAGAGAGUGGAGGAGAGAGUGGGGGAGAGAGGUGGGGAGAGAGGGGGACAUAGGAGCUGGCAUGUGCAGGAAGAGGGGGAGAAAGAGGAGGAGAAGGAGAAAGAGGAGGAGAAGGAGAAAGUGCGGGAGAGGUGUGGUAGGAAUCGGAGGGUUGUUGUGAAUGAGUGGGCGUCACAUCUGGAGCCGCUGAAAGGGGGGGAUGAGGGGGAUGAUGAGGACGGGGAGAGAGUAGUGGUGGUGAGGGUGGGGAGUUCUGGGGAGCAGACAGGUACUCUAAGCCCCAAAGAUCAGGGUAAAAGCCCAAGGGGGGGAAGGCGGAGAAAUGCCAGAAGCCCGAGAGACGAAUGGAGGAGAAGCCCAAGGGAUGGCAAAGGCAGAAGCCCAAAGGGGGAGCAGGGUAGACGGCAUAGGGGAGAGCAGGGCAGAAGCCCCAGAAGUGACAGCGGGCGAAGCCCGAGAGGCGAGCAGGCACGAAGCCCAAGAGAAGAGAAAGAGCAGCCAUUGUUACUUGAGCAUAUGCACACGGACGACGAGAAAGAGCAGCAGAGGCGGCGCCGACAGCGCCGGCUGCGGCAGCUGCGGGUGGGCAGGCGGUCGAGAGGGGGGGAGGGGGAGAUGGGAGAAGGCCGGGAAGAGAAGGAAAAGGAGAAGGAAAGGGAGAGGGGAAGGGAGAAGGAUAGGGAGAAGGAAAGGGAGAGGGAAAGGGAGAGAGAAAGGGAGAGGGAAAGGGAGAGGGGAGGGGCAAAGGAAAGAAGUGGGUCGGAUGCUGAUGAUACCGCUCAGCAGCCGAGGGAGAGGGAAGAGGUAGAGCUGAGGAAAGGAGGGGACAGGGAAGGAGAGGGAGGUGGGGAGCGGAAGGAGAGCGGAGGAAGGAAGGAGAGUCACGAGUACCCUGCAAAGCCCUCCAGGCGAGACAGUGCCAUGGCGCGCAGCAACGAGAAGGUAUACGCCACUAUGCGGCGAACGAAGGACCUCAAGUCCACCAGCGGAGACCCCUCCAAGCCCUCUGGUGGGGCCCUGGAUGCCUCCAAGGUGCGCGGUGCCAUCACUCCCAGCCGCUCCCGGGGGAAAUCGGGCGGCACGUCGUUUCGGGCAGCAGAGAGAAAGUAUCUGCAGGAUCUUGAGACUACAGUGAUGGAUCUGAAACUGGACUUGAAAGCAGCCGGAGCGGGUUACUCAGGGGCCGAUUAUGCGUCCUCCUCCUCCUCGUCUCGCUUUGAGGAGCACAGGCAGAAACAGUCAGCUUCAGCUGCUGCUGCUGCUGCUGCUACCGUCGCUGCUGCUGCUGCUGCUGCUGCUGCUGGUGCCUCUUCUGCUGCCCCUGCGGCUGCUGCUGCUGGUGUUGGAAUCUCGAGCAGAAGCAGCCGGGAUACGAGCCCGAUGCGGAGCUCCAAGGAGCGGAGAGGGAAGUCUCAGGGCAACAUCAGCUUUGACUUCAGCGCUGACCUGAGCGUUGACCCCGUUGACCUUAGUAGAGACCUUAAAGGAGGUCUUAACAACGAUCUAGGCACCGCACUUGACAAGGAGGGGCUAAGAGGGGGAGUUAGAGAGGGGGAAAAAGGGAGGAUGUGUGAGAGAGUGGGGAGUUUGACGGUGGUGGUUAGGGGGAGUGGCAGGGAAAAGUCAAGGGAGGGGGGGAGGCGUGUGGGGAAGGAGCGGACAAGGGAGGGGAAGAGGGAGAAAGAGGGGGGGAAGAGCAGUAGCCAUGACAAGUCAGCCAUGGCUGCUCCUGACAACAGCCAGAACAGCCUCAAAGGCAGCACCAACCAUAGCAGCAGCAGUAACAACCGAAUCCGGAGCAUCAGCCCUCUGCAGAUCGAAAUGCCCAUCUCUCCCCUUGCACCGCCUACUCCCUCUGGUGGCUUCAAAGCCAGCUUCUUAUCCAGCAUGCUGUCCCCCCGGGGAAUCAUCGGCUCCUGGCGGCUGCCUAAAGUGGGUCUCUUAGGCCACGAGCUUAGCUCCCUUCAGGAGCGGUACUUAGUUAAGCAGGAGAUCGGGAGCGGGUCUUAUGGGAUGAUCCGGGCGGUGCGGGAGAAGGAGACGGGCAAGACGUGGGCGUGCAAGAGCAUUGGCAAGGCGCAGAUACAGAGCAAGGAGGCGGUGGCAGCGUUGAGGAGGGAGGUGGCAGUGAUGCGCCUGCUCAUGGGGCAUCCGCAUGUGGUGGAACUGAAGGAGACGGUGGAGGAUGACACGCAUGUGCACAUCAUCAUGGAGCUGUGCGCAGGAGGUGACCUGUUCGACCGCAUUAAGCAGCGCAGCCGCUACGAGGAGCGGCCCGCUGCCGGGGUGCUGCAGCAGCUGGCGCUGGUGCUGCGGGCGAGCCACGCGCUGGGGGUCAUGCACCGGGACGUCAAGCCCGAAAACCUGCUGCUCUGCUCUCCUAGUGAUGACGUGGCAGUCAAGGUCACUGACUUCGGAAUCGCUGCUUCUGUGAAAUCAGGCGCCAAGCUGACUGAAUUCAUAGGAUCACACAUGUACAUGGCUCCAGAAGUAAUCAACAAAAGCUACAGUGCCGAGGCCGACAUCUGGUCUGCCGGAGUCGUCCUAUACGUCCUUCUGGCCGGCGUGCCGCCCUUCUGGGCGUCCACAGAAUCUGGAGUGCUGGAUGCAAUCGUUUCUAAGCCUCUCAAUUUUAGCUUCCCUCCCUGGCCCUCUAUAUCGAAAGAGGCCAAGGACCUUAUAAAGGGGAUGCUAAAAAAAGACCCAGCGGAGAGAAUGACACUGGAUUCUGUGCUCCAGCAUCCAUGGAUCAAGGCGCACACUGCAGUCUUGUAGAAACUGUCACAGCAACUGUAGCACAUUAACUGGGGCGAUUUAGUGCAACCUGUUGGGCUGAGAAAAGCCCUUAGGAUCUUUUGCAGAGACUAAGUUCCAGCUGUGGAGACUUGAGACUUGGAGUAGUGCAGCGGAAGUUGAGGCAGUUGAACCCUUGUACUAGUAUAUGAGAACAAGUGAUUGAUUAAA